AUGACCUCCGAGGACCGUCCUAACAGCUCCCUCACACAGCGCAAAAAACCCGCAGAUACUGACCUACUUCCCCGAGAAAAGCUUCCACAAGAUCUGCAAAACCUUGUCGAUGACGACGAAUCCCUCCUUGACCAGAUAUAUGACGGCACAGCAUCCCAGACUACCGAUUCCUCCGUCCGUUACGCAGCCUACGCGAGUCGUCUUCGAACAGUACUUCUCUCCGCCCACCGCUAUGUCGCCUACACCUCCGACAUCGGCGAGUCAUUUCGACCCCUUGCACACCCUUGGCUUAUCAAAUCCGCCUAUGGCAUAUCCUGGGCUUAUUUAAUCGGCGACGUAUCUCAUGAAGGCUAUAAAGCAUACCUAAGAAACCAGCGGAUACUACACCCUGGGUCGCCAGGGGCAGCUGCGAGAGGAGCUAACGAUGCGAGAGAUGCCACGUCUGCUAUUUUAGCUGCGCAAGCUGUGCCGGCUAUUGAGGAUUGGAAAGCCGUGGUUGCGCAGAGAGCGGUGUUUCAGAGCGUGGCAUCUAUGGGAUUGCCGGCAUUCACAAUUCAUAGUAUCGUGAGGUACUCGGGACGGGCACUGAAAGGGGCGAAGAAUAAUACGAUUAGGACCUGGGGACCUAUUGGGCUUGGACUUGCUGCCGUCCCAUUCUUGCCCUAUCUUUUCGAUCAACCCGUCGAAGAAGCGACGGAGUGGAUGUUUCAUAAAGCCUUUGAGACAAUUGGCGGCCCCGAUGCCGUUGGGCAUAAGUCAGCGACAGGAAGGGUGACGGAACCUGUAGAGGAGACGAACCGUGGAGCGAAAAAAGAGAAAGAGUUAUGA